GGCUGAUCUGGAACCGCCAAAGAAACCCCCCACUCCGCCGUCCCCCAUCACGUUUAAUGGAAUCGCAAACUGCUGUCUAUCUCAGAACCUAUAUUGUCGCUUUAAACUGCGUUGAACUAGCAUUGCUUCUAUAAGAGGGGUUCCAACUCCCUCUCCGGAGUCGUGGAGUCAAAUAUAAUAAUAAAAAAAAUACGCCUGUCUUGGGGGAGAAAGAAGUGUCCCGUCUGUUGCAACAGCGGGUCUCCCAAAGCGCGAGCUGCUCACUCCCAUUGGCCUGACAUCACGAAACCAGGGUGAAUGAAGUUGGAGAGUUUGAGAGGGAGGGGAAUCGGGGAGUACCCGCACUCUUUAAAUGCAGAGAAAAAAGCCGGGUCGCUUCUGACAGCAGCCGGGAGCACGGAACCAAGCGAACUCGGCGAAAGGAACGAGGCAAGCCCUGUCCUCCUUUUGUCCCCAGCUCUGGGCGACCGGCGCACGAUAAGGCUACAAAGACAGGGCAGCGGACCCGGCAAGGAAGAGUGGGCAGAAGUUGGAGGUGUAAGUUUCGGGGACCAGCUGCCGGCCAGCAGGCCAAUUAUGCCAGGGAAGUAGGUGAGCGGGGACGCCGAGAGGCGUGGAGCCGGUCAUGGCUGAGGACUGGAACCAACAGGUGCAGCCGUUUUUGCUGGUGUCGCUGUUCCUUCUGGCUUGUCUGGAAGCGUGCAGGUGGAUGCGACGCGGGGCCAGAGAUCGCCGCCAUCCGCCGGGACCCUUCGCCUGGCCGCUGGUGGGCAACGCCAUGCAGUUGGGCAAGUCUCCGCACCUGACCUUCAGCAGGAUGGCGCGGCGCUACGGCGACCUCUUCCAGAUCCGCCUGGGACGACGAGACGUCGUGGUGCUGAACGGCGAGGCGACCAUCCGCCAAGCGCUGCUACAGCACAGUGCCCAGUUCGCCGGGAGACCCGACUUCGCCUCAUUCCGCCAGGUAGCCGGGGGACGGAGCAUGCCCUUCGGCCGCUACAGCCGCCAGUGGAAGGCGCACCGGCGCCUGGAGCAGUCCGCCGUUCGCUUCUUCUCCACGGCGGACGGCCAGGCUCGCCGCCUGUUCGAGCACCACGUCCAAGCAGAGGCUCGCAGUCUGCUGCGGGUCUUCCUGCGGCUGGGGGCAGGAGGCCGCCACUUCCAGCCGUGCCCCGAGCUGAAGGUGGCAGCCGCCAAUGUGAUGUGCGCCUUGUGCUUCGGGCACCGCUAUAGCCACGACGAUGAGGAGUUCCGGCAGAUGCUGGUCAGGAUCGACCGCUUCGGCCGCGCAGUGGGAGCCGGCAGCCUGGUGGACACGAUGCCUUGGCUCCAGACUUUCCCCAACCCGGUGCGCAGCAUCUACCGCGACUUCCAGCAGCUCAACAACGAGUUCUUCGAGUUCGUCCGCUCUAAAGUGGAACAGCACCGGUGCACCUAUCGGCCAGGCACCACCCGGGACAUGAGCGACGCUCUUAUCGGAGCGCUGGAGGGGGACCGGCCGGCCAAAGAAGCGCUCAGCCGCGAGCACGUCGAGGGCUCCAUCACUGACAUCCUGGGAGCGAGCCAGGACACCACAUCGACCGCCCUGAGUUGGAUCCUGUUCCACCUCAUCCAGUUCCCGCAGCUACAGGCCAGGCUCCAGAGGGACAUCGACGAAGUGGUGGGUAGGGACCGGCUGCCCGGUGCCCACGACAAAGCCCGUCUACCCUACCUGGAGGCUUUCCUCUACGAGAUCCUGAGGUUUACCAGCUUCGUACCGAUGACAAUCCCGCACGCCACCACCUCGCCCGUGGAUAUCAAAGGCUAUCACAUCCCCCAGGACACGGUCGUCUUCAUCAACCAGUGGUCGGUCAACCACGACAGCGACAAGUGGAAAGACCCCAGCACCUUCGACCCCGGACGGUUCCUGAACACGGACGGCACCAUCAACAGGGACCUGACCAGCAGCGUUAUGGCCUUCUCGGUGGGCAAGAGGAGGUGCAUCGGGGAGCAGCUGUCUAAGAUCGAAAUAUUCCUUUUCACCGCCAUCCUGGUCCACCAAUGCACCUUCGAGGCGAACCCUUCGGAGAAGCUGAGCAUGGACGGCGACUACGGGCUGACCAUCAGACCCACGUCCUUCACUGUCCUGGUCAGGCUGAGGGACAAGUUCAUCGACACGGAGACACCGCCCGGCGAGCCGGCUGACUACGCUACAACCCCCAUCGUACUCAAAACGUAAUAAUCUCUUAUUACCAGGCAGCCCGGUAAAAAGAGACUCUGGCUCUAAGCAUGUUUGAUACGAGCCAAAUACUUAAAGAGAAUGUAAUCCGCAGGAGAUCUUUAUGCGAUUUGGUAUCGGUGUUUCAUACCGAACCGGCUCCCUCUCACUUCUUAAACCAGCUGCUUCUGAACCCCAUUUCCUAGAAAUCGGACCCUGCUCAGAGUUGGCGGCGCUGAAUCUGGGGCUUUCUCCUCUGCCCAUCUCUGGGAAACUGUCAUUAAAAAAAAAUGUCCUACGACGUUUAGCAUCAAUUUCGUGCAUCAGUGCGGGAGCUGAACUGGCCCAGUCAGGCACUGGUAGCUGCCGCGUCCUGGUUUGGAUGGUCCGACCUCAGGAGAUGCGAUUCGACGGCAAGCACCGGCCAGCCGCGGAAGAAACUGAGGGAAAGGAACCAGGGGUGAGGAGAGAGGGUGCCCCGGCAACUCUUCCCUGUUUUCUGAGAACAGCAGAGUAUGAAAAUGGCCCAUUUUUCUUUAGAGAGGAAAACAAUUGUAGCGAGUUAAUUUGAACAAGAAGGUCGUAGAUAGUAAAGGUCCCUUUCAUUGAACCAUGCUGACAGACCUUAAAUGUUACACUCUUUCUCUCUCCAUUGAUGUCUUUUUGUCUCAUUUGAAUGGAAGUGUGAAGUUGCAUCGAAAACUCCGACCUGCUGGCGGCACCUGGCAGAAACACGUCGUGCGUGGGCUGUAGCACUGUUAAAGUGUGCAGAGGACACGGAGCAAAUUUCGCAGGUGGAAACUCCCAAAGAGAGCAAGUCUCCGUAAGUGAUCACUUAGUUAUCAUAGCAAGAAAAUGGGUGCAUUAAUUAUCCCGCAGAAGACACCUUAAUUCUGGAGACUUUUCACGAAACGUAAAUCUUAAAUUUUAAAAGUUAACUUCAUAAUUUUAAAUUUUAAAGUUAACUUUAUGAAAACUUAUUGUAUCUUUAAAAAUAAGACUUUUCAGUAGCUGACAGAUUGAAUGCGCUGUGCUGCACUGAGAUUUGAACUGUGGUCAGCUUUAGUCUGGAUGGGAAACGCAGUGAUAUGAAAACGCGUCAACAAGCUGAAGCCGUCUUACUAUGUAGUUAGUACCUGUGUCUUUGUUGUGGGUGCAUUGGGAUGGGACCAGUCGAGAUAGUGGUGAUAUAUCUGGGAUGUCUUUAAAUGAAGUUUAUGCUAUCUUGCGCUGGCUGAUGCUUCCAUUUUUAUUUGCACUGGAAGUGACCAAAUAAUUGUUUUUCAACUCCAAACAGCGUCCCAAUUCUGUCUCCCUCAAAUUUCAUAUAUACAUUUGUAAUGAUUUUCUGCAUUUCUUUUUUUUUGGCGGGGGGUGGAGGAUUAUUGUCGUGUAGUGGGGACAACUUGAUCAGUGUUUGCCUUAACAUUUAGCAUGUCGGAGAUUGCGAGCAGAGGACAGGAGAGACCUUUAGUGAUACGGAUCUAAUAUUCCAGCCAUUUAAAUAAUUGUUGCUAAUCGACAGCCGAUGAAGUGAGCAGAGGGAAUGUGCCGCGGUUCUGAGAUCUUCCUGUGCACCCCGAGCCUUUACUACAGUCAUCUUGAUUAUCAAGAACCAAUCGACGUUAUGUCUGGGAAUUAAAAAAAGGGAGCGGCGUAAGGCCCGCCUUAGCCCUGCACCUGUACCCCAUGGACCCACAGAGCCAUACAAAUGAAUGUGUAUCCACUAAGAAAGAAAAAGCAAAUUCUACACAAGACCCACCAGCAUCUGGAAUAAAUAUAACUUCCACGGUGCAUCAUUUAUUAGAACUCAAUUAUUAAAUUCAACAGUAGUGCAGCUAAUAAUUAAAAUAUGAUAUAAUAGGGGGCGGUUUAAUGAGCUCAUAUUAAAUAUUUUCUUUCCUCCUGCAAAUCUGUUUAAUUGGUGUUUUUAUGUUUCAUUUUGCAUUUAGUCACAUUGCUUCUUCAAUACCACAUCAGAUUAGUGUUAAUGGUGUGUAUAUGUACAAUAUGUUUCAUUUCAUUGUAUCUGACUAUGUACAAGUUAUUUUAAUGAAUGUAUUCCACAGUAUUGCUACCACUGUGAACUUUGAUAACAUAAAUGUA